CUCAAAUCGCUCUCUCCAUAGAGUAAAGACUGAAUCUUAGUAGUUAACGUUUGCAGACUAUUCGAUUAAACGCUGUCAUUUAUUCGAGUUCUUUAAAAUGCUCUUUACCUGAAUUAACCUAAGAAACUCAAAAUGUCUGAACGCAAAGUCCUUAAUAAAUACUAUCCUCCGGAUUUCGAUCCAUCAAAACUUCCUCGAUUAAAGUUAGCUAGAGACCGGCAGUAUGUCGUUCGACUUAUGGCUCCGUGCAACAUGAAGUGCACAACUUGCGGCGAGUAUAUCUAUAAGGGCAAAAAAUUCAAUGCACGAAAGGAAACUGUUCAAGGAGAGGAGUACCUUGGUAUUAAAAUAUUCCGUUUCUAUAUUCGGUGUCCGCGGUGUCUUGCCGAGAUCACCUUUAAAACAAACCCUAAAGAGGGCGAUUAUGACCUUGAGCAUGGAUCUACAAGAAACUUUCAGGCAUUACAAACCGCGGAGAAACUAGAAGAGGCAGCGCGUCUUGCAGAAGAGGAAGACGAAAAGAACAAUCCAAUGAAACUGCUUGAAAAACGUACAAUGCAGUCCCGUGUAGAAAUGGAGCGAAUAGAAGAGCUCGAGGAACUUAAAGAGCUUAAUGAACGGCAGGCCACGGUUGAUUUUGAAGGAAUGCUUAACAAAAAACAGUUGCAGCAAAAAGAAACAGAACAGGAACGGAUUUUGAGGGAAAAUCGUGAAGUUGAACACGAACUUGAACAGUUUCUUAUGGAGAAAGGCAUCGAAAAUCGUGAUGGUGUCUUAUACAAGCGAGUUCGAGACAUAGACUCUGACGAAGAAGAGGAACGGCUAAAAAAGAUCCCAAAAGAGGAUCCAAUGAAGUCUACCAAGUCAAUACGACAGUCCGAGAUAAACAAACUUCGAGGACUUGUUCGAGUUAAGAAAGUCAUUAAUAACAAUAAUAACAAAGCUGAAUCGAGUGCGGGGGCUGCAAGUAUGGACCAAAUGACAAUAGCUCGACAAUCGAGCUCCGGCGGGGGCGGCCUUAGUUUAUUAGCAGCCUACAAUGACUCUGAUGGCAAUUCCGAUAACGAUUAAAAUGUUAAAUCAGAAAUACUCUACGCUGAUUCUGCCAUCAUUGACCGGCUUUAAUAAACUGUACCAUGCCACAAUGCUAGCUAAGGCUAGCGUUUGUUAACCAACUGAUUGUUUUCUUGUAUGGAAACUUGUAGUAGCCAGUCACCAAGCAAGCAAGGGUUAACAAUGAAUGUGAAUUCAGAGUUUGCUAUAUAUGGAAUUGCCGGAAUGAUUUCCUCUGUUAUUAUGCAUAAAGCAAAAGCUGUAACUUCUAUGAUGAUGUAUAUAUAAACAUAUAUAUCUGAGUGUAAUCUUUAAAGCAAGCUUAUUUGAUGUAUAGAGGUGUCCUAUCUUGUACAUACGUUAUAAUUAUAACACACGUGUCACAUACAUGGCAAUA